AUGUUUAAGAAAAACUAAUUUAUUUUGAAAUUUCUUGCCCACUUAUUAGAUUUUGAAAACAAAGCUUACCCUCUGCCUGAACAUUUAGUUAAUAUUUUAUUGUUGUAACAUUCCUUAAUAAACAUAUCAUAUCUCUACUAAAUGAAUAAAAAAUCAUGGAUCUACAUAUUUGUACUUAUUGCAAGACCUCAAUUGAUAAUUAAGAUUGCAUAUUUAGAUUAUAUUAUGCUCGGAUUUAUUAUUUUGUGGCUUGUAUUUUUAUUUAAUCAAAAUUUCUAUGGAGCUUCACUGACUAGUUUAUUUAAUGCAUUUUUGAAAACUGCAUUGUUCAAUUUCGUACUCGAGCAAAUGAAUGGUUAAUUAGGAAUUAUUGUUGGAUUAUUAAUAACCUUAUAAUAAUUUUUAGAUGUUUUAUUAGUAUAAGGAACACUAACUGUUAAUACCAUUAAUUUUUAAGUCCCUUACUCUAAUUACUUAAAUAUCGUAGAUUUUAUAUUAAAUAUUCUGCUGAUUUAUUUUUAGUUAUUUCAAUUUCAUUAUAUAGUGUUAUAAAUAUUAGCUUUAAUUAAAUCAUGCUUUUAGUUGGCUUUUAUUAUUUUACAUAACAAUUAUAGAAAUAGAAUCAUUAGAAAAGUGGUUGCAUUUUCUCAUUUAACAACAAUUGUAUUUGGAAUUAUCCAUAUUAUUAAUUAUUAACAUUUAUAAACAUUAGUUUUAUUACCUUUAUUACUAAAAAUUAUACUUUAAUUAUAAUUUUCUAAUCAUUAAAUUGAUGAACCUAUUCUAUAGGCUUCCUUAUUAUUAGAAAAAGGAUUAGUUUUUUAAAGUUUUACUAUUUUAAAUAACUAAAACAAUUUAGGGAUUAUGAAAAGAGUAAAAUGUAAUCAAUUAAUGAAAUUGUGUAUUGACUAAAUUAUUCUUAAAAUCUAAAAACCAAAUUAAACUUUAAAGGGUGUGUGUUAACAAUUAAUGAAAAAUGAUGAAAGAAAUAUUUAUAUGUCUAAUUAAUUAAAUAUUUUGAUUGAAAACAAAUUAUUUUUACUUUAACAUUUUAAAGAUAUUGAUUUUAAAUAAUUGUUGCAUUAUACUAAUAAAAUUAAUUCAAUAAGAAGGUAAUUAGAACAAUAUCGUAGUUAAUAAAAUAGCAUGAUGAUCUAAUCAUUAUAAGUUUUCUUUUAUUCUGAAAUUAUUAAUGAUUUGCUUAAAGCUUAAUAAAUUUAAAGUAGUUUUUCAACAUCUUAAGAAACUUAAAUUAAAUUUAAUGAUUCAAUGUUAUCUAAGUUAAUUUAUUUAGUUGCUAAUUAUUAAAAUAAUAAAUUGAUCAUUAAAUCUCUAUCAAGCAACGCUCCAAAAACUUUUUGUAAUAAAAACCUUGAUGAUCUCAUUCCUUUAGGAAUUAGAGAAUGGCAUUCUUAAUUAGUAGAUUAAUUUCUUAUUGAUGGUCAAUCAAAAUAUGUGAGAAAUUUAAAUAACAAUUAUAUUGCCAAUGAAAAUUAUAUUGAAAAUGUUUAAUUUGCUAUCGAUAUUAUUUAUAUUGAUGAAGUUAACUUUAUUUGCUUAUUCUAACCAACACUUAUGUAAACUAAAACAGUCAUUAUAAAUCAAAAUUACUUAAUUACAUCAAUGAGUGCAGAUUUUAGUGAUUUUGUCAAUUUAAGCAAAUAUUUUUAAAUAGGCUAAUAACUUGAUAAAUUUAUGCCUUCUGUAACUCAAAUUACAUAAAACUGUUAUUUAGAAAAUAUGAUAGUAAUAUAAUCAGAUCAAAUUUUAAGUUCUAAAUAAGUAACUGAUAAAAAAGCUGAAAUGAAUUAUUAUUGUGAUGUUAAUAUUACUGUUAAGCUAAGCAAUAAUAAAAUGAUUUAUAUGAUCCUUUAAUUUGAUAAUUUUAAGAAAUAAUUAAUAAAAAAAAAUGAUGAAUUCACAUAAGAUUAAUUUGUACAAAAUGAUUCAUUUGAAAUGAUUCCAUUAGAAUUAGAAAAUAAUAUGGUUAUUAAUCCUUAUGAAUUUUCUGAAGAUUCUAAUGAUAAGAUAAUGUUGCAAAAUUAUAUAUAUAUAGAUGAAAAAACUGUAGUUUAAUAACAAAUUUUUACACCACGAGAUGAAGAAGUAUCUUUAGUUCGUUUUAAAAGAGUUGCAAAAAGAUUCAAAUCUUAAUUUAAAAAAUCUUAAUUUUAAGAAGAACAAUAAGCAUAAUUUAUGGAUGUUUAAUCUUAAGUUUCUUCAUUAAAAUAAUUUAGAAAUUCAAAAUUUUAUCGAAAAUAUGAACUUUAUAAUAAAUUUCUUUAAUUUAUUCCAUAUAGUAGAUUACACAAAUUAAUCAUUGUGAUCAUGUUUUUGUUAUGCUUCUGUCAAUUGAUUUUCAUGAUUAUUGUAUUUAAAACAUUUAUAUUUAGCAAUUAACAAGUAUGGCAUUGGUAACAUUAGCAGAGGAUGUCAAUUUAUUAGAAAUUAAAAAUUUAAUAUUUUAACCAAUGGAAUUAUUUUUAGUAACCAGAUGGACAUUAUUUAAUUAUAAAAAUCAACUAAAUGAAAAAUAAAUUACAUUAGAAGAAUAUACAAAUAGAACCAGUUUUGCCUUGUCUAAUUUAGAUUUAGGUUAUGAUUAAUUAAAUUAAAAUAUUCAAUCCAUAUUGUUCAAAAAAGAAUUACAGGCAUUAUUAUAAAUGAAAUAUUUUAAUGCUUAUUAAUACUUAGAUACAUAUAAAAAUGAAUAGUAUAAUAUGACUUUAAGAACAGCUAUUUAAGUUCUAUUAAAUUUUUAAUAUACACUUAAAAUGAAUUAUAAAAUUGAAAAAACGGUAGGUAUUGAUACUCCACAAGUUUUUUAUAGUUAUAAGAAUUAUAAGGUAUUAAAUGAUAUUGCUUAAUAACUCAAUCUUGACGUAAUAUCAGAAACAUUAAUAAGAGCAAAUUUAAUUCAAACCCAAGUUGAAACCAUUUUAGCUGUUAAUUAAAUUCUACUUUUAUUCUUUUUACUUUUAAUAUUGAUUCUUCAUUAAAUUAUUGAUAAAAGACUUAUAUAAUGUAUUAAUUUAAAGUAAUAUGUUGAUGAGAGAGAGUUAGAAUUUGAAAUAAAAAAAUAUUAAAUAUUUCUAAAUUAGCUUAAAUUAGAUAAUUCAUUUAAAUUUUGUUAUAAAUUAAAUAUGGAAUUAAAAGAAUAAUAAUUUUAAUAAGUUUAACACUUUGAGGUUUAGGCAAAAAUUAAAUUUAAAAAAAUUUCAAGUAAUUCGUUUUUUAAAUAUUGUUUGUUUUUAUCAACUAUUUACAUUUUAUUUUCUUUCAAUCAUUUUAUAACUUACUUUUUACAAAAAAAUUUUUUAUAAAAAUAUCCUGAAACGGCAAUUUAUUUAGAAGGAUUUGCAAAUUUAGGAGUUGAUUUUCCUUGCAUGUUUGCUUAACGUGAAAUUUUAUAUGAGAGAAAAAGAUUGUUUUAUUUGACAUAAGAAGAUUUUGAGAAUGUAUACUAAAGAAUAAUAUUAGCUUUGAAUAACACUGCAAAAUUUGAUUCAAUUUAAAAAGAUUUUUCCAAGUAUUAUUGAAUUCUAAUAUAGAAUUUUAGUUACAAAAUAAUUUGAAGAUUAUUAUGAACAAUUAUAAGGAUCAAAUUUGUGUAACUUUAUACCCAUUAACUUAUAGGUAAAAAGUUAAUUAAUCUGUCCCUAAAUUUUUAAUUAAAAUAUGUAAUUAGGUUUAAAGGCAGUUUUACUUUAUGCUGAAAAUUUGAUUGCAAAAGAGAUUGAAAUUAAUAAGUUUACUAAAAGAUUAACAAUUGUAUAUAAUGAAUUAGAUGGUGUUUUUAUUUUAUCAUAAAUCAUUAAAGAUUUUAACAAUUAAUUUGUUUAGGAUUUAAAAGAUCUGACUAAUUAAUUAGCCGAAAUUUUGUAUGUAAAAAUCUUAAAUUAAUUAUUAAAUAGACAAUAAAUAUUUGUUACAUAAUAUUAGUCAUAUUAAUAAUUUUGAUAUGGACUCCAAAAUUAGCAAUUAUAUUUAUAAAUAAUUCUAAGUAAAUUGUGCAAUUUGUAUAAAUUAUACCUACUUAUUCUCUUUACACUAAUGAUCUGUUUGAAAGAAUUUUGAGAAGCUUUUUAAAUUAGAGUUGA